AUGGCCAAGUCGUCCCCCAUCACCUGCCACGUCCUCGACGCGUCAAUCGGCAAGCCAGCACAAGGCGUCGCCGUGCGCCUGAGCUCGCUGUCCGAGCUGAACAGCCCACACGCGCUGGCGAACGGCGUCACCGACGCCGACGGCCGCUGCUCGACCCUGCUGGACGGCAGCACGCGCCUCAACCCGGGCCUGUAUCGCAUGACCUUUUUGACGCAGGAGUACUUUAUCGCAAGGGGGGUCGAGACGUUUUACCCCGUCGUCGAGCAGCUGACGCUGCUGCUCGCCUUGUUCCAGAUCACAUUCAACUACGUCGACCCGACGCAGCACUACCAUGUCCCCCUGCUCAUGUCGCCAUUCUCGUACACGACUUACCGAGGGAGCUAG